GUGGCAGCUACAUGACACCUCUCAAACCCAAGGUGGGUCAGGUCAGGAGUAAACAUACAGUAAAAUACGACAUACAUGAACAAUGCAUUAGUGAGGGAUCACUAAAGCUAAUGCAUUAUACAUUGGGGAUACGAUCAGACUAGCAGCCUGGUCAGAUUCGUAAUAUUUCAAAACAGAGCUCAGUCAAAAUCAGAAAAAUGAGCGACAGUCCUCUUCUUGUGAAUGUGGAAAAGUGGAUUGCGGAAAACGAAAAUGCGUUCCUGCCACCAGUGUGCAACAAGUUAAUGCACUUCAUGCAGUUGAAUAUCAUGUUUGUUGGAGGUCCAAAUACUAGGAGGGAUUAUCAUAUUGAGGAGGGGGAGGAGUUGUUCUAUCAGCUAAAGGGAGACAUGUGUCUGAAGGUGAUUGAAAAUGGAAAGCACAAGGAUGUGCACAUCAGAGAGGGAGAGAUGUUUUUGCUGCCAGCUCGGAUCCCUCAUUCCCCACAGCGACAGGCCAACACUGUGGGACUGGUGGUGGAGAGAAGACGGCUGUUGACUGAGACUGACUGCCUGAGGUACUAUGUGGACAAUACCACUGAUAUUCUGUUUGAGAAAUGGUUUUAUUGUCAGAAUCUUGGGACCCAGCUGGUGCCAAUAAUCACAGAGUUCAUGGGAUCCAUGCAGUGCAAACUAGGAAAGCCUGAUCCAAAUGAUGUCUUCAGACAGCCUCCAUUCCAGAUGAACACCAUGAAUGUGAUGUCGCCAUUCUCCUUCAAGGACUGGUUGGACAAACGGAGGCCAUUACUGUCCAAAGGCACGUCCAUUGAGAUUUUUGGAACUCCGUUUGAGACAGAGGCAGUGUUGUUUGGACCAGGGCAGACCGAAACAACAGUGCCACAGAGUGAUGUGUGGAUUUGGCAGCUGGAAGGAUCCUCCAGAUUAACUAUGAAUAAGCAGGAGUUCACUCUCUCUGCAGGAGACAGUUUCAUUAUUCCUGAACAGAGCCAGUAUCAGUGGUGGAGAGAUGAGGGGACAGUUGCUCUGUUUGUGGUUCAAAACCCUGAGCGGAAGAGACCAUGAGCUGUCGAUUCACAAAUAUAUUAUAGGGUGUUUUAGGGGAGGAGAAGCUCUAUUUUACAAAUGCAAGUAAUCAAAACGACACACACAUGUACAAGUAGAUUAUGUAACAUCUCAUACAGUACAAUCAUACAUGUAUAUUUGCUGAUAUGUUACAAGCUUCUAUUAUGUGUUAAUGAAAAUGAACCUUGCUUUUUUAGUGUUUUUACUUACUUGAAUCCCAAACCUUAAACCACAAGGUUUGGGGUUCAAGCAAGUAAAAUUUCAAACUCAGCUGUCAGCACUCCAUAUCCAAGCAGUCAAAAAGAAACACAGAAGAUCCAACCCACCCCCUACAUGUGGCCUUCCAGCUCCUACCAUCAGGCUCCUACCAUUAUAAAAACUAACUUAUUCAUUCCCAUAGCCAUAAACCUUUUAAAUCAAAUUUGAUUUACAGUAUCACAUAGCAAAUAUUCAUGCAUUUUACCUUAAUUUCUAAAAAUUCUUCAACAUCUAAUACUUGUUUUUAGAGACACUUAGUCUGUGUUGCAUGAUUUCAGUUGUCAUGUUGUUAUGUUGUGUAUUCUGUUACGACAGACAAUCAUUUCUGAUGAGAAGGUUUUGGAAUUGACACUGAAAUGUGCAUUUUUUUGUAGUUACAUAUCUGGUCAAAUGUCUUAAGAUACACCUCAGUUUCUUUCAGUUGUCAAAGAAAUAUGCCUACGUUGAUUUCUAAUUGUACUCUGAAAUUAAAGCGAAGAACAAAUAAACAGCUGGAGAUUUUG